GCUCAGGGGCUAGGCAUUUACAGUUGUCUGUGUUACAGGUCACUAAAUGCUCCUGACUUCUCAAAAAACUGAAAGUUUCCUCUUGGGAGGAGCUGAUUGUACUCUUCAGGACUUUCAGUGCUGCUGGUGCCCUGCCCAUUGGAAAACGCCUCUCCCUGUCACUCUCUAUAAAUGCCGUAGUGGCCCUGAGGGAAGCCUUCUGCAGCACAGCUCCAGCUGAAGACUUGAGACUCCAGUCACCUCACCAUGAGGCUUCUAAUACUUUCCAGCCUGUUCUGUAUCCUGCUUCUCUGUUUCUCCAUCUUCUCCUCAGAAGGGAAAAGGCAUCCUGCCAAGUCCUGGAAACUCUGCUGCCACAGAGUUCCUGCUCUCAACCUGACAACCCAGAAAGGAAACCGCAUAAGGCUCUGCAGAGUGUGCAAGCUCAAGCCAAUGUCACAGUCUUGGGUGGUGCCUGGGGCUCUCCCGCAGGUGUAGUGCUCCCAGAGCCAGGCUCCAUACAGCUGAGAUUCUUGUUCUCAGCACCAGAAACACCAGAACCCUUGGUUUGCCCCUCUUAGCAAGUGAGCUGUGAUGUUGGAGAAUGUCAUCUAAGGCAUCAAGGGCCCUGGGGAAGGUUCUGGAACUCCAGGUCCUGGUCCCAAUCCUGCCACAGUCUGCAGAGCUGUUGUGAGCCAGGCCCAACCCCCAAGACUUCAACCCCAGGAGGUCCCUUUAGUGCAGAGAGUUGAGGAUUUCACCAUGACCUGUGGCACCUAGGGUUCCAGAAGCUUCUAAGUCUACGAGAAUUCAGCAUAGUAAGACCGAAGGGUGGUCAAUGAGGACUGCAGAGUCUCAGUCAUCCUCAGAUAUACUCCAAUCCUGGCAUUUAGUCACCAGCAUCCAGUGACCCCUGAAGGAACCACUCGCUAACUUUCAGACAUGAGUCUACUGGAAAGAAGACCCAAACUGAUAACAAAUAAACAAACAGCUAAAAUCCA